CGUUCUGCGCAGGCUCAAGUCUUAGGCCCCACCCCCACCUCCAGUCUAUUUUCCCUGGCGGAACCUGACGAGCCAUGGUGAAUUUGGGCCUGUCCCGAGUGGAUGAUGCGGUGGCCGCCAAACACCCGGGUCUCGAGGAAUAUGCCGUGUGCCAGUCGAACGCCUUCAUGAAGGGCGUUUUCACCCUUGUCACAGGCACUGGUGCGACUUUUGGCCUGCAGCUGUUCAUUAAACGGAAGUUUCCAUACCCUGUGCAGUGGAGCUUCCUGGUGGCUGCCGUUGUAGGAUCUGUGGCCAGCUACAAAGUGACCAGAACGGAGUCUCAGAAGUGCAGAGAUCUCUGGCUCUUCCUGGAGACAGGGCAACUCCCCAAAGACGUGAGCACAGAUCACCCCAACUAGAAGAGCUCUGGCUGCUGGGAUGUGGAGGAGCUGAAGCUGAGAAAAUCCUGGACUUUGACACCAUCUAACUCCAGGCUGGUCCUUCUACCUCACCAAACACACACACAUGCGCACAUGCCUUUGACAAGCCCUGGAGUGUGUAUGGGCAGGCCUACCUGGCAACUGUGAGACCACUGCUGCCCCAAAUCCAGGGCCCGCCCAAGAGUCCAGUUCAGAAGAGGGCUUGAGAGAUGGGGGUCUCCUCCAGAGAGCAAGAAGCCAGGAUAUCAGAGAAGGUUGUAUAUCCUGUUACACACAACUGUGGGGGCAGCAGCCUGCAAGAGGUGGAAGAGACUUGUGUAUUUUCUCUGGUGCUUUGGGGUCCCUUUUCUGACCUCUGUGCCCCAAGUCCAAGGAGAAUUGUGAAGGGUUGCAGCUAAUAAACAGCUUGUCCUUUUCCCA